AAUGCAAAAUUAACGACCAUGACGAGAUUUGUCUCUCAAAAUCUCUUCUUCACACACUCAGCCGCUUUGCUGCGAGAAGAGAAGAGAAAGUUGGUUGGUUUCCCAAUAUAGACUCUCACUAAUAUAGACAAAAGCAACUUCUUAGAUCUGAUUCUCCCUCCACUCUCUCUCUCUCUCCCUCUGCCUUGAUCUUCAUCUUCAUCCUCAUCCCUUGCCUUCCUCUUCCGAUCCAACUCUCAGAUCACUAAUCGCGUCGAAUUGUUUUAGAUUCAUUGAUCAAUCGAAACAUUUUCUUCUUAGUUGUUGAUACUGAAGUUAUUUAAUCGUUUGGAGUUGUGAAUCGUCAGUUAUACACGAUGAGGGGAAGAUCAGAUGGAGGGAAAAAGAAGCAUGUGAUCGUUCUGGUCUGCAUCGCAGCGGUUGUUCUUGUUUUUGUAUACCUCUUCUUUGGCUCCUCUAACCAUGGGGCUUCCGCUAUUGAGUAUGGGAGGAAGCUUGGUUUGGGUGGCGAUGAUGAUGAUGCUUCCAAAAAGGACGAGUCUUCUUCCACCUCCUUUUAUGUUGAUGAUGAUGAUGCCAACGGCUUCACUCCAAGAAGCUUCCCUGUGUGUGAUGACCGGCACUCGGAGCUUAUUCCUUGCUUAGACAGGAAUCUCAUUUACCAGAUGAGAUUGAAGCUUGACUUGUCUUUGAUGGAGCAUUAUGAGCGUCAUUGCCCUCCUCCUGAAAGGAGGUUUAACUGCUUGAUUCCUCCUCCUCCUGGUUAUAAGGUUCCGAUCAAGUGGCCGAAAAGCAGAGACGAAGUUUGGAAAGUGAACAUUCCUCAUACUCACCUUGCUCAUGAGAAGUCUGAUCAAAACUGGAUGGUUGUCAAAGGAGAUAAAAUCAAUUUCCCUGGUGGAGGCACUCAUUUUCACUACGGUGCUGAUAAGUAUAUUGCAUCCAUGGCAAAUAUGCUUAAGUUUCCGAACAACAUUUUGAACAAUGGGGGAAGGCUGAGGACGUUUCUAGAUGUCGGCUGUGGUGUUGCAAGUUUUGGUGGUUACCUUCUUGCAUCAGAUAUUAUGACCAUGUCCUUGGCACCAAACGAUGUGCAUCAGAACCAAAUCCAGUUCGCUCUUGAGAGAGGGAUUCCUGCAUACCUCGGCGUUCUUGGAACAAAGAGGCUCCCAUACCCGAGCAGAUCAUUUGAGCUUGCACAUUGUUCACGUUGCCGAAUUGACUGGCUUCAGAGAGACAGUAUCCUUCUUCUCGAGCUGGACAGGGUGCUGAGACCUGGUGGCUAUUUCGCAUAUUCGUCUCCAGAAGCAUAUGCACAAGAUGAGGAGGAUCUCAGAAUAUGGAGGGAAAUGAGUGCUCUUGUGGAACGCAUGUGUUGGACCAUAGCUGCUAAAAGGAACCAAACUGUGAUUUGGCAGAAACCAAUGACAAACGAUUGUUAUCAGGAAAGAGAACCUGGAACCCAGCCUCCUCUUUGUAACUCUGACAGUGACCCUGAUGCUGUGUAUGGUGUAAACAUGGAAGCAUGCAUCAGUCAAUACAGUGAACAUGACCACAAAACCAAGGGAAGUGGAUUGGCUCCAUGGCCAGCUCGAUUAACCUCUCCUCCUCCCCGGCUAGCUGAUUUUGGAUAUUCCACCGACAUGUUUGAGAAGGAUACUGAAACUUGGAGGCGUAGGGUAGAUGCUUACUGGGAUCUCUUGACUCCUGUAAUUCAAUCAGACACCAUGAGGAACAUAAUGGACAUGAAAGCAAAUAUGGGUUCCUUUGCUGCUGCUCUGAAUGACAAAGACAUUUGGGUUAUGAAUGUCGUUCCUGAAGACGGGCCUAACACGCUUAAACUGAUAUACGACAGAGGCCUGAUGGGUGUUGUUCAUAGCUGGUGUGAAGCCUUCUCAACGUACCCAAAGACUUACGAUCUACUCCAUGCUUGGGACAUCAUUUCUGAUGUCAAGAAGAGAGGUUGCAGCGCAGAGGAUCUGUUGUUGGAGAUGGAUCGUAUACUUAGGCCAAGCGGGUUCAUACUCAUAAGGGACAAACAAUCUGUAGUUGAUCUUGUGAAGAAGUAUCUCAAGGCUUUGCAUUGGGAAGCAGUUGAAACGAAGGCAGCCUCGGAUUCAGACCAUGACUCGGAUGUCAUACUCGUUGUCCAGAAGAAGCUCUGGUUGACAAGUGAAAGCCUCAGAGAUCUCGAGUGAUCAUCAUGAUGGCCAGAAACUGCAUCCAAACAUGAAAAAAACAAGAUUCGCAAUAGAUAUCUUUGUUGGGAGAAUCUAAUCAAAGCAUACAACGAUUAAAAAUUCGUUUUAUAGCGGCUUAACGUUUUGUUUUCUUUUUAAUAUUUCUUUCUUUUACAUAUUCAUAUAUGCUGUUUGUAUGGUUCAGUAGAGAUGCUCAGUUUCCUAUCAAUUAAAACUUUUUUUGAUGCAGUUUAAUUAUGUAUACAUUCAAUCAUUGGUUAAUAGAUUUAUAGAA